UUUUCAGGAAGCUGUUUGAUAAAACGAAACUGUCCCAACUUUGACAGAAGGGCUUUUCCAGCUCAUCUUUAAAUUGUUCGACAGGAAUUUUUGUCUGGGGGGUGACAAAAUGCAGAGCAGUGCUUACGGGGCCUCUUUGGCCGGCGGUGCUUUUGAUUUGGAGAGCUUUGUGAAACAGCCUCAGACCAUUGUGCGCUGCCUGAGCUGGUUAUUCUCCAUUGUGGUCUUUGCAACCAUCACAGCAGAAGGCUACGUUAAUCCAACGACCAAAGCCGACGUCAAAUGCAUGUUUAACGACAACGACAGUGCCUGCAGCUACGGCGUCGGAAUCGGAGUCCUGGCCUUCUUGGCUUGUGUUGUCUUCCUCAUACUGGAUGCCUACUUCCCACGGAUCAGCAAUGCCAAGGAGAGAAAAUUCAUAGUUAUAGGAGAUUUGUUCUUCUCAGCGGUGUGGACGUUCCUGUGGUUCAUCUGCUUCUGUGUCCUGGCCAACCAGUGGUCCAAGACCACUGACUCUAAUGCUGGAGAUGCAGCCCGGGCUGUUGUGGCCUUCUCCUUCUUCUCAAUCGUCACCUGGGCACUCCUGUCCUACUUUGCUUAUGCAAGAUAUCGGCAAGGCGUCAGCGAGUUUGACCAGGAGUACAGAGACCCAGCCAACGACCACACCACCCCGUACCCGCCCGCUCAGUACCCCAGCAGCAGUGGUCCCACAGGCUACCAGCAGUCGCCUUUCCCAAGCCGCCAGGAGGACCCAGGAAACUACCAGCCUCCAGCUUAUUGAAGGACUGAGAAUCAAACACGUGAAUCCAAGAGGGGAGUUUUCUUUUUAAGAUGUGUGCCAAUGGUUUCAUUUACAUCUCGGACUGUUCCCUGCACUCCCAUUUUCCUCCUACAGAACAUGUUUGUAUAUCUGUGGAUUCACUGAUAAUGUUUUUAAGUUGGUUUCAUGGUUGUAAGUUGUUCGGUGGAUGUUUGCACAGCAGAUGAAAUGUCUUUUGGUUUUUUUUGUUAGGAGAUUGUCUUGGUAAGACAGAGGAAGACUUUAUUGUCUUUGUACCAAAUCGUAGUUAUUUCAGUGCUCGUUUUGUUCCAUUUUUUUAUGAAUAUGUUACUGUUUGGGACAUAGAAAUAUAUUUUCACCACUCUCAGAUUCACAUACAGCAGUUCAACAACUGUAAUGUAAUGAUACAGUUAUUGUUAUUUGACCACAAAACAAACCCAUAUUAUUUAAUCAGUGGGUGCAUUGAAAAUGUUCCCUCUCUGACUACUGUAAUGUUUUCCUUUUUUCUCUUUUAAAUAACCACUGAGAAAUGCCUUUUAUGCACUGAAAAACAUUUAAUUUCUUUGGGGCAGUAGUUUGUCAAUGCCUGAUUUGAGAUUGUUAAUUUUAGCGUUUUCUUUAGUAUUUAAGGGUGUUUCCUUUUCUUAAGGUAGCCAAAUGUUUCAUUCAUAUCAGCUACCUCUUUAGACGUUUAAUGUGCCUUUCAUGAGUUCAGUUUUCAAAAAUAUCCAAUUCAGCAUAUGUUGCAGCCAUAAUUUGUUUUCAGGAAUUCAUUGAUGUUGAGGUAAAUUGACAUAUUUAUUCUUACUUAUCUUACUUAAUCCUUGCAGUCCAGGUACAUGACAAUCAAACUAGAAUUGUUUUCUACUUUGAAUUAUCCUCUUGCUUUUCCUCUUUUUCUCUCACAAUGUAUCUUCACUUGAGUUGCAGUUUCACAGUUGUACUUAAUAGCUUUACAAUAAUUCCCUAUUAAAGUGCCUUAUACAGUAUUCUGUAUCACACAGGGUUCACCAAAUAAAAACUGUUUUGAAAUAG